AUGGAGUUUGCAAGCAGCAACUUCCCUGAGCCCAACCUCUUCCAGGCUUUGGAAUAUUUCAACAGCUGCGGGCAUACGAGCCUGGCCUUUCAAGGGGCUGUUCUGGCCUCAACUCCGUCAAAUCCAUUUCUUCCCGUGAGAGACAAGUUGGAGAUUUUUCAACAGGGCGCAGAAUCUGCCGUCAGAUUCUCUGCCAGCCUGUUAACAAAGAUGCUAGGCUCGCAGCGCGUGGACCUCCUCCUGGCCCUGUCCCAUCUGACCUUCCUCCCGACACGCCAAGGCUUGACGCUGGUGAAGAACGCCGUCCAAUCCUGCAGGACCAACUACAAGAGGCUGAAGCAAGUAUCCCAAGUGGCUGUAAUGGCUGCGGAGAUGCACCAGGAUGAACAGCUGAUGGCCGGCGCACAGAGGAUGACCCGCUCUGCCAAGUGGGGGAACCGGCUGCGCAAGAUUGGAGUGGACUUGGAGCUCCAAGGUCAGCAAGGUUUGGCCAUGGUGGACCACCUAGUCCGCAGCCCCUUCUGUGGGGUCAGGGAGGUUCAGGAGUUUUUUGAUAAUUUCAACCUGGACCAGAGUGAGCUGGACCCCAAACUAGUGCUGCUCCUGGAUGGCCACCUGUCCCAGUGCUCAGGGUCAGCGUUCACCGCGGCCUCGUUGAGGAAGGCCCAGGAGAUACUCGCUGCCAUCUCCCACAGCCGCCAGCACUCUGUGCUCAGCUCUUUGCUCAAGAAGACGAGUUCGUACGAUUACGAGAUUCUGGAGUUUUUGCUGCAAGAACUUCAGGAGAGGGAAAAGAAGGAUACGACAGUUAAAAAUCUUCAGCUGCUUCGCUUCCUGGGAAUAUACACCCGCAACAGUCCCCCGGGUGACCUUGAGCGUAAAGAAUGCAGCCAGUGGACGGGCACAGCGUGUGACCUGCCGGAGCUGAAUGCCCUCCCUGCUAGGAGUGCCACGCGUCUGCCGUUCCACAGUCUGGUCGGGGGCUCAGAUAUCUGGGCUAUAGUCCGGCCUGAGCUCAACCCCCAUAGCCUGGACAAAUGGCUUCAGAUGGCGCCACUCCUUUCUGUGAACAGCGACAAUCUGGUAAUCGCAGCAGCCACCAUAAUGACCAAACGCUAUGUGGAAAGAAUGGCUGCAUCUGCUGCUUCUGCCUCCUCCUCCUCUUCCUCGUCCAUGAACAAGGGCAGGCGUGCAGCUAACUCCGCAGGCACAAACGUUGGCGUUAGUGAAGAGUUUGUGUUGCUCCUGCAGCAGAUGAAUGAUGUGCUCUCCAAACUGAAGCUGGUGGAGAACGCCGUCUUCUUCUGCUGCUCCACUGUGGAUGAUGUCACCAGCCUGGAAGAGAAGGUGCUGGUCCUAAAGGGCUCCAUUGGCUAUGCCAAGAAAUGGCUGCAGUCGGCUCAGGAGACGGGCGAGGACAAGAAGCGCCCAGAGCGUGCCGCCGCCCGUCUGACCAGUCGCCUCCUGUUGACCAAGACUCAGCUGGCCCUGGUCCGGUGUGGCGUGGCCGAGGAGGAGGUGCCGGCCGCCUUGCUGAAGAAACCCGAGGAGCUGCUGCAGAAACUGUACAGCCUCCCGUGUGUGCUGCGAGCGCAGCAGGGCUUGCCCGGACAGCACGAUAUCAAUGAGCUGGCGGACCAGAUUGGGGAGCUCCAUGAGUUGGACCUGUGCCAGAUACGCUUAGCUCUGCUGGACAAGUGGCUGAUGGGGCCUCUCUCCGGCGAUGACAUUGAUCAGACCAUCACGUUUGACGUCUUCCCGACAGAUGAAAAUGACAACGAAGAGGAGGACAACAUACAGAGAGCCCUCUACCUCCUUGGGUCAAAGGACAGUGCCAAGUGCCUGGAUCACAUAGCCAGCAUUGUGAAUAACUCGUCCCUGAACAUGUGGUCGAAGAAGCGAUCAUUGUUUUGUUUUAUAAAAACGGCAAGUGAGGAGGAUUGCCAGAUGCUUUUGGGGAAACAGCUGGAAGAUGUGAGUUGUGAUCUGGAGGUGAUGAAUCUACUGUGUGAGCUGGAGAGCCUGGGGGUGCUGUUGUCUAUGGAGAGUUUUGUACAGGCCGAUAAAACCGCGCUGCUCACCAAUCUGUUGGCCUCACACAAGCACCAGAAAAAGGCUACCGACCUGGUCAUCUGUAUGGCUUUAGACUAUGAGGUAUACGACCAGGGCUUGUGGAGAGACCUUCUGCUUCAGCUGAUCAGGAUGGGAUGGGUGGAGGACCUCAAGCUGGUGCUGUUCAGACUGCACCGAGUGACCUCGCUGCAUUCUUUGCCAGCAUAUGUUCAGGCUGAGGAGAUGGUAGCAGAGACCUAGGUGUCGACUCACGGCUGUUCCCGAGCGGAGCACUUAGUUACCAGAGGAGUUGACCCGGUCAACCAUGCCGCGGCGCCCGGGUGGUCACGGAGGUCACUUUGACCGUUGCUCUACGAGUGAACUGUUGUGACUUAACAAUUUUUAUACCGUUUAAGUGCUUCAUUGUGGCUUUUCCCAUGAACAAAUCAACGUGAAAUUACUAUCAACAGAGAGAGGCAUUCUUGGACUGUACAGCAAAGAACUUUGUAUUGGUAUUCUUAACAGGGUACCCUUUAAAACAUGGGUGCAAUUGAGGGCAUCUAUGGGGAAAAUUGUUUCAUAGGUCUACUUUUUAAAUGUUUGGAUAUUUUAAAAUGUGUACACCAGAUCUCUAAAAUAAUCAGUGGUAUACAUCAGUGACAAGAUGAGCUUUCAGAAACACUUACUUUUGGUUUGAUUCAUUCAGAAAUGGGGAAAUUGUAGAAGAUUAACUACUGUCCAAUUAAUUAAAUGAAAGAUUUUUCGUUGUUUCCUCACAGUUUUCACAAAUAUGGAACUUGUAGAAGGUUCACUGCUAUCCAGUUCCAUGAAACAAGAGUUUCCUCUUUGUCUCCUCACAGCUAGAGCUGAUUUCACAUUCACAAACACAUAUAACAUAUGAAUACAUGUACUUAUAACAAUAAUUGCAAAAGUGUCACAGGCUAGUUGUCUUCCUCUUUUUUUCCUUUCAAAGCUGCUGCCUAAGAGUGGACGCAUUUUGCGGUCUGUGGGCUUCGGUAACAGCUUUCAGCUGUUUCCAUUUCUUUACUUCCCACUGUCUUCUUCUCCAGUUUUGCGAUGCUGGAGUGCAUAAGUUCGCCACCCUGCUUGCCCAUUAAACCCAAGCCAAACCCAUAUCCCUAAAUAGUAGGCAGACAGUGGUGCUCUAAUAUGAGUUGUUUGGGGGUGACUGCGUUUGGAGAUAGUCGUCUGUAUAGCUUCAAAUAUGCACAAAUUGCUGUUCCUAUAAUGUCAAACUCAGUUUCUUGUAUGUUAUGUGUAAGAGAUGAGGUGAUGUACUUCAGCAUAGCUGUUGUUUAAUAAAUCAGAUUUGUCUGAUUGCGUGGGCUACAUCUAUGAUGUUUUGGUUAGAUGUAAGAGCUGCUGCUGUGUGUGUGCAAAUGUGUUUUGUGAUGUUUGUGUACACUGGGCGCUUCAAGUAUUGGUGACAAUGGUUUCCUAUCAGAGAUAAGAUAAGAGAUAAGAUAGUACUUUAUUAUCCCAGAGGGAAAUCUUCCUUGGCUGUACAGGA